AUGUACUCAGGUGACAAAAUUAAAACACCAAGUAAAGAGGUGGCUCACCAAUUCGCAUCAGCAGAGUGGUCCUCGUCUGAGAAAACUGCCACUGUAGGUUACACCACUGCAUAUGUUGAUGAAGAAUAUACACAUACAUAUAUGCUUCCUAAAGAAAGGAGCUUCACUCACGUGAAAGACGAUUGUGACUUUGCACUCAUUCAAAAUGACUCUCUGCCUGCUCAAGUGCUGAGCCCCAAACCAGAAAAUGUGCCGAGAAGAUAUUUGAAAGUUGUAAAGCACAGACCAAGUGUCAUUUGUUUUUCCAAAAAAUGUCUUUUUUUCCUGAAUAACAAUGGUAUUGAUGAGGAGCUCUAUGUUGUUAAGGCACAUACAAAUUUGACUGCAGAAAUAUUUCAGUUAAAGCAAAAAGAUCUGAGCAACAUGCAUAUCAAGGACCACCCAACAACCGCGAGAGAGAUCUUAGAUGGGAAUGUAUCAGAAGUUCUUGGACAGCAGGAUAUCUUGGGAAAUGGAAUUACAAGAUCACAGAACUACCUAGCCAGCUUCAACAACCAAGGCGAAGACAAUAAGGAUAGCAAUACUUCCUGCCUGGUCUUCCGCUCCCUGAGUAGCUGCCUUCAGGGAGCUUUCUCUCAGCACUCACCCACGCCCGCAUUGACAUCAGCGCCCACCCUUUUCCUGCCUCCACCCUGGCAACGCUGA